AUGUGGUGGAAGAGAACAGGGAUUCUACAAAUGAGGACCACAUCCCUCAUCUUGGCUUUGAUUCUGCAGUUGGGUGCUUCUCAUCCAUGUCUCAGCCCUGAGAGGAGAUGCGAUUUUGUGUGUGACUGUUCGGAUUGUAACGAUGAACAGGACUGUGGCUACAGUGGGAAAGGAUUCCAGUGUAACUUUGAGGGCACAGGAAUUUGUGGAUGGAAGGACCAGUCCUUGAAUGCAGCAUACAAGUGGGAACGGCGCCAGAGAGGGAACACGCUGCCAGACAGCGGGCCGUCCUCUGACUUCACCACAGGGACUUCCGCAGGUUGGUUUAUGGGUGUGACAGAGGUCAAGUCUGCAGGUGUCAAAACUGCUGUCCUUGUGUCACCAAAGAUGCAAGAGUCCUCACCAACGUGUCGCCUUCGUCUCAGGUAUUUCCUGUGGGAUUCAGGUGAAACAGGUCUUGGCUCCUCUCCACUUUUGGCAUCUGUCCUCCACCAAGACUCGGAAAAGGCCGUCGUUUGGCGCCCUGAAGCCACCAGCGUCCGAGGGUGGAGGGAGGCCACCGUCUUUCUCGGCCGUAUCACCACACCCUUUCAGAUCCAGCUUUACUCGGACCGCUUGGAAGGGGGAAGAGGAGAUGUUGCUGUGGACCAGCUGGAGUUUCUGGACUGUGCUUUGCCUUUUCCACUACCUGGCAAAGAGUGCCCAGCUGGAAUGCUGGAGUGUAAGAGUGGGGGCUGCGUCCACCAACGUCAGGUAUGUGAUGGCACUGAUGACUGUGGCGACUGGACCGACGAGCAGAACUGUGAGGGAUAUCAGCGCUGUGACUUUGAGAAUGAUGUGUGUGAUUGGGACCUCAGGUCAUUGUCCAAACUAAAAUGGGUAAGGACAAGUCAGGAAAACAUCUCCAUCACAGAUCCUCUGAAAGGACCAGGACGGGAUCAUUCAAUCAACAGCGCAUCGGGUCACUUCUUGUAUGUUACUGUUCCUGAUGGAGGGCUCCAACAGGAUUGGGCAGCUUUCCAAAGUCCUCGCCUAGAACCCACCAAUAUGACUCAUCCUUGCAAGAUGAUCAUGUACACACAUCAGUUCGGGCCAAGGUCUGGUGGGCUGACGGUACUGGUGACGAGCAAGACCAUCUCCCCAGUGUGGGAGCGGGGCGGAGCGCUGGGUGAUGUUUGGGUGAAGGCUGAAGUGGAAAUUGUCAAUAACUCCACUUUUCAAAUUGUUAUAAUGGCAGCAGUCAGGGAACUUGCAUACGGAGGUAUCGCGAUCGACAACAUUGUGUUGUCUCCUGAAUGCCGGCGAUCAAAUGAAAGUGUCAGUUUCGAUAAAUUUCCUAAACCUCCCAAGAACCCUUGCACAGUGCCUGAAAAGAUGUGUGACUUUCACACUGACUGUCCGGGUGCACAGGAUGAAGCCAUGUGUGGGGACUUCUCAUACAGUAAAGGCAGCUCAGGCUGGACAGACACAAGCAUUGGUAGUCAAGGUUGGGUGCUUCACCAGAAUUCCACUGCAAAAGAAGAGUAUUUGUAUGUGGCCAAGGCCUCAGGCCAGCAGCUGACUGAGGCACAGACACGGACCCCUCUCCUGGGCCCCUCUGGCCCGGCUUGUACCAUACAAUUUGAUUUUGCACUCACAGGAAAUCCAGCUCAUAUCGGGGACCUAUCAAUCAGGGUGAUUGACAGCAUGUUGGGUGUGCAGCCUAAACUGUGGGAGUUCAGUGGAAAGACCGGAAUAGGGGAGGCAGAGUGGCAACCUGCACAUGUGGCCAUCGGAGCCAGGAAACAUCGUUUUCAGUUGGGAUUUGAAUCUCGUGCGGUGAAACUGUGUCCUUGCGCCAAAAUUAAAGUAAAAAACAUUCACUUCACCGGUUGCCAUGCAGACUAUUUUCCAUCAUCUUCAACAGCACCGUCAUGUAACUUUGAGGAUGGACUGUGUGGUUGGCACCAGGACAACAGUGACAACUUUGACUGGACACUGCUUGACGGGAUGGACCAUACCAUCGGGAUUGGUAAAAGUCUUGUAGUGGACAUGUGGAGUUCGUCACUGCGUGGUGCAUUUGGACGUUUGCUGUCAUUGCCACUAUUACCGGGUCAAACGGGACACUGCCUGACUUUCUUCUACAAAAUCUAUGGACCAAACACUGGGGCUCUGAAUGUGAAGUUAUUUGAUACACAUGGUUAUGAGAAGUUGCUAUGGACCCACAGUGGCGCUCAUGGUAACAUAUGGCAUGAAGCACAAUGCCCAGUACCACACCAGUUCACAACAUAUCAGCUGAUGUUUGAGGCUGUACGCUCCGGCUUUGACGGCCAGGUGGCCAUUGAUGAUGUGGCGCUGGUGGACCGUCCUUGUUCAGUGCCGAGGAUGUGUUCUUUUGAGGGUCAGGAGUGCGGCUACAGAAGCUCAGGUCAAGUUUAUUGGGUCCUUAGAAAUGGACACACCGCAACAGCGACAGGACCAAAAACUGAUCACACUCUGGAGACAGAACUGGGUUUCUACAUGCUGGUUAAAACUGGAGGGAACGUCCUUCCAGCUGGUGCUACCACAACCCUCACGUCGCCUGUUCGCCAAGGAACAGAUAAAACUGAGUGUAUAAAUUUCUGGUAUCACAUGACAAGCGAGAAUCCUGGUUCUUUGUCGGUGUAUAUGAAGCCAGUGGAGGGCGAGAGGGUCAACAUCUUUACGGACAGUCUGAACCAGGGAGAUGUCUGGCGCCAUGGUAACGGCAACAUCUCAAGCAACGUUAUGGACUGGCAGCUACAGUUUGAGGUAACAGGAAGAGGAGGCAAAGACACUCAUGUUGCAAUUGAUGAUAUUUUCAUUUCUGCUCGUCCAUGUGAAAAUCGAGGUUCAAAGUGCAGUCUAGAGAGAGGAAUGUGUACCUGGAGUAAUACUCAAAACGUCAAGCGGGACAACCUGGACUGGGAUCUGACAAGUCAUGAAAAAGAGAUGCACUACUUCACCCCCUCAGAAGAUCACAGCCUUGGAACAGAAAAAGGUCACUUCCUGUUCAUUCCAAGUAGCAACCGGACAGCGGCCAAUCAGAAUGCUCAGCUGCUGAGCCCUCACCUGCCCCCAACUAAAGGCACUUGCCUGAAAUUCUGGGCUUACAAACCAUAUUCAUCAGACAGCCAGCUGAAGGUGUGGACAUUGACCGAAGGUCUUCUCAAGGAGCAGCUGGAGGUGAAAGAUCUUGGGGGACCGUGGAGACGCUUUGACAUUGACAUUGUGUCCACUGAGGAAUACCAGAUUGUGUUUGAGGGGACCAAGGGUGCCACUGGUGUCUUGGCUCUGGAUGACAUUGAGUACACCGUCGGAGUCAACUGUGCUAAAAAAGUCACUGAUGGAGCCACAACCUCAACCGAGCAUAGCAAUGCAGGAGGGAUUGCAGCAUCAGUCAUUGUGGUCUUGCUGCUGAUUGGCACAUUGACUGCCCUUCUCAUUUACUACAUCCGAACCCAGAUGAGGGUCAGGCCUUUGACUGACCCAUCAUCAUCAUCAUCAUCAUCAUCUCCCGAAGCUCACAGUGGUUUCAUUAACGAUACCUAUGAAGGGGACCUCAUGGAGGACAACGUGAGAAUUCCAUCUGCACAAAACCACCCAAUGGCAGUUGGGUUCAAUAAUGUCUCUGUGAAUAUUCCUGAAUGGAACUUUGCCAGGUCAAGCACAUACCAGUCUGAAGUCUCCAACAGCGACAUGUACCUCAUCCCAGUGCGCAUGUUCAGAGAUCUGAUUGUCCGUUCACCCCAACAAACUGGUCCUUUGCGAAGUUUUAAAAUACAACCGCAUUGCGACAGAUACAUUGAACAGGCCAUCAAGAAGCUGAGCAAAAAACACAUGGGGCAUAUUAAGAAGUACGACCCGCACGGUGGUCAGGACAACAUGAGACGUCUCACAGGUCAUCAUGAGAUGUCCAAUGUGAACGAAUUCUCUGCUGGAAUUGAAAACAGAGGUCCCAGUAUCCGCAUUCCUCACCAGGUGGGUCAAGAAAAGAAAGGCUUCUUUGAGGACCGUCGCCCUGCACCAAACUGUGACCCGUACCUUGUGACCAAGGCCAUUAGAAACACCUGCCUGCUUGAUGAUGAUGAGGAAGUGAAGGGCAAUUAA